AUGUUGCUGCUAUUACUUUUGACAACAAUAUUCCUGACCUCGGUGUGGAUAUGCCGCUGGAUAUGGUACGAACGAUUCAUCAAAUUUGCCCAAUUCCCACAAUUGCCACCAUCUCUCCUUUGGGGUCAUCUGAGAAUCUACCAUGAGGUCAUGCAGAGCGGUUCCCUUGACCGCGAUCAUGACCAUAUUUUCUCCCAGAUCCAUGAAUCGCUCGGAAGACCACCCAUUGUUCUGUUUGAUUAUCGGCCAAUAUGUCGGCCUGUUCUCGUGAUUGCCAAUCAUGAAGUUGGAGAGCAGAUCUCCCGGUCCAGCAAGCAGUUUCGCUCUAGCGUCCCGAAGUUGGGGUUAAGCUUCCUGGAACCCGUCAUCGGACAUACAUCGAUCCUGUCCGCCGAAGGGGAGAAGUGGAAGGCGUUGCGCAAGACCUUCAACCCGUGGUUCUCCCUUCAGCACCUUAUGUCCCUAAUGCCCUCCAUAUUGGGCAAGAUAGAGAUCUUUGUCACACAGCUCGAUGCACUGUCCGUGUCGGGAGACGAAGUAUCCCUUGUCACGCUCACCACAAACUUAAUGUAUGAUAUCAUCGGUAAUGCUAUCUUUGACAUCGACAUGGAUGCCCAGCACCUUGAACCCGGCCAUCAAGGGGAGCUGGUGCGCGCAUUCAAUGAUCUCAUUAACGCUUACUGGGAUGACAAGAUCCAUCUACCCUGGUUCUUCACCCCAGUCAACGCACUCAAACGUCGCCGACUCGGGAACCGUGUUCACCGCAUCAUGAAAUCUAUUGUUCGUCGCAAGCAUGAAGAACAUCUUUGGCGGCAGCAACAACAACGGCGCACAAACGGAUAUGAAAAGAGGCCGCAGCCGCAGCUGCCACCAAGCAUCACCCUCCUCAGCCUCCAGGAGACCACACAUACCGGGGGAAUCCUCACACCUGAGCUCCUAGAUCAGACAUGUGACCAGCUUCGAACUUUCCUCUUGGGGGGCCAUGACUCGCCCAGUGCGACGUUGGCGUGGGCAUUUUACGAGCUGUCUCGCACACCACGAGCGCAGGCGGCCGUGCACGCCGAGUUGGACGGGUUGUUCGGGCCGGGCCGCGACGCCGCGGCCGUGCGCACUGCCUUGGCCUCACCAACAGAGGGACCUGAUCUGCUGCGGCGCAUGGUAUAUGUCGAGGCGGUGCUCAAGGAGACCUUGCGGCUGCACCCUCCGGCGUCCACAGCCAGGUAUUCCCCCAAGGGCUCCGGAUUCGUUGUGCGCUUGCCCACCACGGGGGAGGAGCUGUGUCUCGACGACCUCAUCCUCUACAAUUGCAGCGCUAUCAUGCACCACGACCGCGGCGUCUUUGGGUCCACCGCUAACCAGUUCAUGCCGGAGCGGUGGCUAAUGGCGGAAGAUGAAAAGAACACAAAUCAAAGAACAAUCCCCCCGAGUGCGUGGCGACCAUAUGAACGCGGUCCCCGUGCCUGCAUAGGCCAGGAGUUCGCCCGCAUCACGAUGCGCGUCGUUCUUGCCGUCGUGGCGCGGCAGUACGAGUUUAUUAAGGUUGGCAUCGGCGCGCUGGCACGAGAUGCUUCUACCGGCCUUCCAAUCUUGCGCCCUGACGGGCGGUAUGAGGUCGACUCGCAGGUUUAUACUGUAAACGGCCGUUUCUUUAGUGCUACCUUCCAUCGUGCGAGGAGAUUAAGGCGAGCGCUGGGAAAGGCCGGGAAAAUGACAAAGGACACUACGAAUUAG